UACCUAUAAUCAAUGAAGAUUAGAUCGCAUUUCAACUUUUUCUUCAUUUCAGUCUACUAGUUUUCGUGUCUAGCUACGGGGGUGAUGGAUAUGACCCUCUUCAGAACGCUUUAAAGAUCCAACGUUCUAGAAGAUCGGCAUUGAAUCAUGCAAAUAAUGAAGUUCACUCAGCCGAGCAUUCAACUUCACCAGUAUACAUAGGUCCACAAGACGGGUUGAAGGAUGAUGACAAAAUAUCUAGUUUGCCAGGUCAGCCAGCCGGAACAAACUUUGACCAGUACUCAGGGUAUGUGACCGUUGACCCGAACCACGGGAGAGCACUGUUUUACUAUCUUGCAGAGUCACCUGUCAACUCUUCUGCUAACCCUCUUGUACUCUGGCUCAAUGGAGGGCUGGGCGGCCAUGAUGGAACUUGGACUGUUUAGAGUCAAUGCUGAUAAUACGACACUGUCGCAUGAUAAAUAUGCAUGGAACAACAUUGCAAAUGUCCUUUUCUUGGAAUCCCCGGCUGGAGUUGGAUUUUCUUACUCUAACAAGUCUACAGAUUAUACAACCGACGAUGUACAAGCCGCAAAAGAUUCGUAUACGUUUCUGAUUAACUGGUUAGAAAGAUUCCCGGAAUACAAAACUAGAGACUUUUACAUCACUGGAGAAAGCUAUGCAGGGCAUUAUGUACCUCAACUUGCACAGUUAGUUCUUCAAAACAACAAGAUCACCAAUCAAACUGUCAUCAACCUUGAAGGAAUUGCUAUUGGAAAUCCAUAUGUUGAUUAUGAAGCGGAAAAGACAGGAAUGUUUGAUUAUUUCUGGACACACGCAAUCAUUUCUGAUCAAAACCACGAAGGAAUAAUUUCCAACUGCAAUUUUACUGAGGGUGCACCCAAGACAGAUGCAUGUAAAGACUAUCAAUAUCAGGCAUACACUGCUUUGAGCAACAUCUUUCCAUAUGACAUCUAUACCCCUUUAUGCUCACCAUUCAGCAAUAGCACCCCAUCUAUAUCAGGAUUUGAUCCAUGCACUGAUAGUUAUAUUCAAGGAUAUCUCAACAGUCCUGUCGUGCAACAGUCGCUUCAUGCAAAACCGGUUCAAUGGACAUCUUGCAAGUACACACUAACUUUCAAUCUCAAAGAUGUUCAGUAUCACCUCCAACAUUUAUAGUACUGUACUCACCACAAUUUUUUCGCUCUAGUUAAGACUACAAGGUAUGGUGAUGGACCAUCCUUGGAGGAUGAUCCGCCACGUAGGCGCCACGUCACAUUCCUCCCCAAGA